AUGACAGAUAUCGAACAGAGCACUAAGUCACUGGAGAAUCUUCCGACUGAGAUUUUGAUCAACAUCCUCAGUUAUUUGGACGAAAAAGACCUAUAUGCAGUGCAGGCUACGUGCAGACGUUUCCUUGAGAUAAUCAACGAUGAAGAGCUGUGGAAAAACCUUUUUAUUUCCAGGAUUCACACUAGGCUCUUCCCCUCAUUUUCAAGGUCUGCUAAGUACAGUGUGGAAUACGUGGAGAGGAACAGAGGGCUAAGCGAGUGGAAGCACAACAGAGCAGUGAAAACAAAGUUUACUGUGACAACCCAAAAUCAGAAUAACCAGCUCGAAAAAAUGGUCUUUGAGUACCCACGUUGUGCCUGUUACAGCGAUGGUGUUAUAAUGCUAGUUCAAUUGCAUUCGAGGCGUCGAAAGGAUAGGUUGACGUAUAUGCCAUGCACCACACCACAUGGCUGUUCAACGAUGCAUUUCAAUAUAAACGCGGCAGUGUUUGGUCGGUUUGAUGGCCGCGUCUUUGGCAAGUUGUUAACCAACAAAUCCCACCUCUGUCCCGUCACGGAAUUUAACGCUAUUCAUAGUUCAAGUGUUACGGCCAUCACAACUUCCGCUUUAGAAGACUCUCCAGAGGAUUGGUGCGUGAGUGGAUGUAAAUCAGGACAAGUAAUCUGGUGGUGCGAAGCGAAAAAACGCAACGCCAUCCAAAUCUCUGAUAAGCCAAUCCUACGGUUGGCUCUGCACAAAGAUUUGACCGUCAUCAUGGAUUCCCAGCAGGUGUAUGUUGUAGAUAAAAUGGACAAUGUGCACAAGCUUGACAUUCCAUCAAAUCUUCAGUUAUCUUUAGUGACCUCUCUCUCGCUACACUUUGAAGUUGAUUUCGGAGGUAAGCUAUUAAUCUUAGGUGACAUGGCGGAGAUUUAUGUUAUAUCCAUAAACCCACAUCAAGAUUUUGGAUUUACUAAAUCGAUUCACAUCCCGGACCUCAUUGAGAAAAUAUUUAUUGACGACAUCACUUCGAAGAGAACGCAAGACGCGAGUGUGGCUGGAGGCGACGGCUGUUAUCUGGGUAUAUUAACAGGCGACAACUCUGUUGCCAUUAUAAAUGUUAGAGCCCCAGGCUCCAAGUUACGCAUACAAACAAAACUAAGCUUUGUAGAGAGAGUCCAUACUGCACAAAUCACUAAUCUGGUCAUGGUUUGUGCAUUUAGCGGAUCUCUUGGAAUUUUCGACGCGAGCAGUGGUACUGAGCUACGAGUAGUACGGAAAACCGAGAAGUUUCCUCAGUUUCUAGGUGUAUCCCAUGGACGAAUGAUUGUUGGCAGUGGGAACGUUCUCCAUUAUUUACAGUACUCGGAUCAGGACUUCAGGCAAAAGAAGUCGGGAUUGUCUCAAACCAAUCGCAGCAACAAAUGGAAUGAAGUUCUAAAUUCACAGCUUGAUCUUUACAAUGAAGACGAAAAUAGUCGUAUAAAAGAAUUGGAAAGAAAGGAAAGGCUGCGCCAGAAGUUUGUGGGAGACUUAGACGACGAGGAAAUUCAACUUGAAAUCGCUCUAAUCGAGUCUCAAGCCGCUUCCGAGCAGUUCCAAGGUACAAACGCCCAAUUAAGUCCCGUAGGGCAAGACGAAGAGCUACAACGGGCAAUAGAAGAAUCACGACUAGCAUAUGAAAACCUCACAAUACCUGAACAUCUAGAUGAAGAUGCUGAGCUAUUACGUGCCAUACAACAAUCACAAGAGGAAGAAAACAUUCAGCGUCGUUUGCGUCGAUCGCACAGACGUGUUGGCCCCCUCGGUGAAAUUGCUAGCUCCAGCGAACUGAGCAAUCGCUUAAGCUCACCCGAGAUUGAAAUAUCGUCAGUUGAUAUAGGCAGACGCGAAGCAUAUGAUGAGGACUUUGAAGUCGCAAGAGCAUUAUCAAUGCAGGACAUGCGCUAG